AUGGAUGGAGCAAAUCACUCUGUGGUGUCUGAGUUUGUGUUCCUGGGACUCUCCAAUUCCUGGGAGAUCCAACUUCUUCUUUUUGUGUUCUCCUGUAUGUUCUACAUGAAAAUUAUGAUAGGAAAUUCCCUCAUCGUCCUUACUGUGUCUUCUGACCCACAUUUACACUCUCCUAUGUACUUUCUGUUGGCUAAUCUCUCCCUUAUUGACUUGGGUAUUUCUUCUGCCCUUUCUCCCAAGAUGAUUUAUGACCUUUUCAUGAAAUGCAAAGUCAUCUCCUUUGGAGGCUGCAUUGCUCAGAUCUUCUUCAUUCACUUCAUAGGUGGUGUGGAGAUGGUGCUGCUCAUAGCCAUGGCCUUUGACAGAUAUGUGGCCAUCUGUAAACCUCCCCACUAUUUUACUAUUAUGAACUAAAAAAUGUGUGUUUUACUCUCAGUUGCUGCAUGGAUAAUUGGUUCGAUCCACUCUACAGUUCAACCAGUUUUUGUUAUAAAAUUGCCAUUUUGUGGUCCUAAUGUGCUGGACACAUUCUACUGUGACCUUCCUCAGCUUACCAAACUUGCCUGUACAGAUACCUACAGAUUAGAGUUCAUGAUCACAGCCAACAGUGGGUUUAUAUCUCUGGGAUCAUUCUUCAUAUUGAUCAUCUCCUACAUUUUCAUCCUGAUCACUGUUUGUAAACACUCCUCAGGUGGUUCAUCCAAAGCUCUCUUGACUUUAUCAACUCACAUUACAGUGGUGAUUUUGUUCUUUGGUCCUUGUAUCUUUGUUUAUACCUUGUCUAAUCCUACUCCACACUUAGACAAAUUCCUUGCUAUUUUUGAUUCAGUUCUCACUCCCUUUCUGAAUCCAGUCAUCUACACAUUCAGGAACAAAGACAUGAAAAUGGCCAUGAGGAGAGUAUGGAGUCAACUCAUUGUUUACAGCAGAAUUCCUUAA